CUCAAUAAAUCGAGAGAGAGAGAGAGAGAAAGAGAGAGAGAGAGAAAGAAUGAUCGUAAAAUGGAGGAUUCAUUGAAACGAAAGAAAAGGAAGACGAUCUUCAACCCGUGGAAUGAUGCGAAAAUUUUAACACAUGUCACCUCGAACGUCGAUCAAGCGUCCGAUUUUGUUCAUAUGAAGAUAUUCAACACACCCGUGAUGUCAUCGCGAAUCUACAACCGCAAUCAUCCUUCGGAUGAGAAAUACUACAAUGGUACCGAUAGAGCGCAAUUUGAUUAUUUAAAGACUAACAACACUAUCCCGUCGUACUCCGUCAACACUGUGCACCUACAGAAUCCCUAUAAACCACCCCAACAGCUGGAGGGAUUCGCGUCUCAUGAUCACUUGAAGGGUACGUAUCGGUCACAAGAUUUUACCCUGAGAUCGAGAUACAACAAUAAUUUGUUCGCAAAAGAAGCCGCAAACAAGAACAACGAUCAAGAAGGCGAGAAAACUGAAAGAUUGAAAACUGGAAAGAAGCAUCAGAAACUCACAGAAAUCAGCGAACUUGCCAAGCAGUAUUGCUCGUGUAGCAGUCUUCACGGUUUACGUUACGUCGGUGACUCGGGAUUGUCAAUCGUAGAGAGAAUAUUUUGGAUAAUUUCGUUCACCACCGCACUAACAGUAGCAAUAUAUUACAUUUGUUAUAUCUAUCAGAAAUGGAAUGGAUCUCCCAUCAUUAUUUCUUUGAGCCCUGAUCCAAUUUCCCUAAAUGAAUUUCCGUUUCCCUCUGUAACAAUAUGCAAUAUGAAUAAAAUCAAGAAGACAGAAGGGAAGCGAAUUGAACGUGGGUUCGACGAAUUAGAUAAACUAUUGAUGGAAGAUCUUUGCAAUUCGGAUAGUAACAUAACUUAUGAAAACCAUGAAGACCAGGCUGUAAACUGGGACAAGAUGCUAAAGUUCAUGAUCAAUGUAACCCAGCCAUGCACAGAUAUGAUAUAUUACUGCCUUUGGCACGGGAUUUACACCGAAUGUGAAAGGAUUUUUAAUCCUACCAUGACCGACGAGGGUAUUUGUUGCAAUUUCAACUCAGUAGCAAAAAAACAUCUCUUCUAUAAUUCACUCGAUUGGCCUGACUUGAAUAUAACGUAUCCAUCUGAAAGUGUUGAUUGGAAUGCUGAAAAGGGAUACGACGAGAGUAUGUCGCCGGAUGUUAUACCAUGGAGACCAUACGGUGCUGGACUAUUCUAUGGCUUGACUUUGGCUCUUGAUGUUGAUAUUGACGAAUAUUAUUGUUCGUCGACUGCCGGCGCAGGCUUUAAAAUGUUACUCCAUAAUCCCGUAGAGACACCGAAAAUCGCUGAUUUCUCGUUCUCAAUAACGCCGGGUGAGGAGACCCGGAUAAUCAUAAGACCACGGAUAUCGCAUGCCAAUCCAUCAAUAAUCUCUAUAGCGCAGAGGAAACGGCAAUGCUUUUUCAUGUCUGAAAGAAAACUGCGCUACUACCGGACAUACACACAGAGGAACUGCAUUCUGGAAUGCGAGGCAAAUUACACACAGAAACUCUGCAACUGCGUGCAAUAUUACAUGCCAAAAUCAUCCAACACGCCGAUCUGCGGCAAGAGAGACGAACCAUGCGCUAAACGUGCCAGACAAGCCAUGGAAGUCAAACUCUAUGAUGAGGUUUUGAAUAAUAUUACGAUACCAAGCUGCAAUUGCUGGCCAUCCUGCUUUGAGAUUAAUUACAGGAUAGAACUUUCGCAGAACAAACUGGUGCAGACCUUCCAAACCAACAAACAAUACGUGAAGAAGGAUAUAGAUUAUUUCACGGAAAACGUGGCGGUGGUUCACCUAUUUUUCGUGGACUCUCAAUUCACGAAAUACAUGAAAAAUGAGCUCUUCGGAUUCAUCGAAUUUCUAUCGAGUACGGGAGGCUUGCUGGGUCUCUUCAUGGGCUUCAGCUUUUUGUCGUUCAUGGAAAUAUUGUACUUCUCGACUAUACGGGUGUGGUGCCGUUUCCACAAUCGCCGAGAAUUACAGAGACCCAACGUGUUCCAGACACAUCCGUUAGAUAACAAGAAAGUGAUCUAUCCAUUCACCAAUUGAAUUACACGCAGAUACCACGUAAAUAGC